UCCUAGGAAAAAAUGUCGCCAACUGCCGCAACGAGAACUUCCGGAGGUUAAAGGUAAUCUUCGUAUUUGAAAACAUGGACCCCAACAGAGUGGAGGAAGCAUCAGGAAAGAUGAGUGGCGAUGGAGAUAUUUCAUCUGUCAUGGGAUUCUCUGGGUUUGGAAAGAAGGCCCGCACAUUUGACUUUGAUGCCAUUUUUGAACAGACCCGACGAACAGCCAUUGAGAGGAGUCAGCGUGCACUAGAGGAGAGACAGAUGACUCAGAUGGAGGAGAAAGGGGAAAGCUCCAAGUCAGUCAAGUCAUCAGUCCACGCACAGAGAAACAAAGCUGCGGCUGCUACUUCUAGAAAACAGGAGAGUGACAGCAGCAGUGACAGUGGUUCAGACUCUGACUCAGGCCUUAUUGGGCCUCCACCGCCUCCUCAACAUACAACCCAGGAUGAUGAUGAUGAGCUUGUGGGACCGCCUCUUCCACCAGGUUACACAGGCAGCACGGCUCACAGUGAUGAAGAAGAUGAAGAAGGGGAAGCACAAGAUGACGAUGAUGAUAACCCAGUGAAGAAGAUUCCAGACACUCAUGAGAUCACUCUGCAGCAUGGCACCAAGACAGUAUCGGCUCUUGGUUUAGACCCUUCUGGAGCCCGUCUGGUGACUGGUGGAUAUGAUUAUGAUGUGCGGUUCUGGGAUUUUGCUGGGAUGGACCAGGCUCUGCAGGCCUUCAGAUCCCUGCAGCCCUGUGAUUGCCAUCAGAUCAAGUCCCUGCAGUACAGCAUCACUGGUGAUGUCAUCUUGGUGGUCUCUGGCAACGCACAGGCCAAGGUGUUGGACCGUGAUGGAUUCAAUGUCAUGGAGUGUGUGAAGGGAGACCAGUACAUCGUGGAUAUGGCCAACACUAAGGGCCACACGGCUAUGCUGAAUUCUGGCUGCUGGCAUCCCAAGAUUAAAGAAGAGUUCAUGACGUGCUCCAAUGAUUGCACUGUGCGCACAUGGGACCUGAACUCAGAGAAGAAGCACAAGUCUGUGUUUAAACCCCGCUCCUUCCAGGGGAAGAAGGUCACCCCCACAUGCUGCACCUACAGCCGUGAUGGGAAGCUUGUUGCAGCAGGCUGCCAGGAUGGCACCAUACAGAUCUGGGACAGAAACCUCAGCGUCCACACAAAGUUCCAUUGUCGGCAAGCCCAUACUCCAGGAUCAGACACCUCCUGCCUCUCCUUUUCCUAUGAUGGCGUGACUUUAGCUUCACGUGGAGGUGAUGACACUCUGAAGAUGUGGGAUAUACGCAACUUCAGGAAGCCUGUAAAUGUUGCCACUGGACUGACCAACUACUUUGCUAUGACUGACUGCUGUUUUAGCCCAGAUGACAAGCUUCUUGUAACAGGGACCUCAGUGAAGAAAAAUGAGGGAAAUGGGAAGCUGGUUUUCUUUGACCGAACUUCCUUCCAGAGGGUCUAUGAGAUUGAAGUCACCGAUGCAAGUGUCGUCCGCUGCCUGUGGCACCCAAAACUCAACCAGAUAAUGGUGGGAACUGGUAAUGGACUGGCAAAAGUCUACUACGACCCCGUCAAAAGUCACAGGGGGGCUAAGCUGUGUGUAGUGAAGAGCAAGCGGAAAGAGAAACAAGCAGAGACGCUAACGCAAGAUUACAUCAUUACACCUCAUGCCUUACCCAUGUUCAGAGAGGCCCGACAGCGGAGUACUCGGAAACAGCUGGAGAAGGACAGACUUGAUCCCAAGAAGUCCCACAAACCUGAGCCUCCUGUGUCCGGACCAGGUCGUGGAGGCAGAGUCGCAGCUCAUGGUGGCACUCUAUCUUCAUUCAUUGUAAAGAACAUUGCUUUAGAUAAAUCAGAUGACAGUAACGCAAGAGAGGCCAUCCUCCGUCAUGCCAAGGACGCUUCUGAGAACCCUUACUGGGUCGCCCCAGCAUACAAAGAGACCCAACCAGAGCCUGUGUUUGCAGAGGAGUCAGAGGAGGAUGAGGAAGCUGACAAGGAACCAGAGUGGAAGAAGCGCAAGAUCUGAGGCUCUUCAAUAGCAGCUCAUCUUAUACAGGACAGCAGACAGGGUGGGCUUGUGGUUGGAUAUACAGCAGGUUAACCACAAGGUCUCAGGAUCAACCCCAAAACAGAGCCACUGUCAGAAACACUGCACAGGAGCAUCAAUUAAAUGGCUAAAUUGUCCAGUCUCUGUCCUCCCUUAAGGAGUCUUUUUAGAGCGUAUGUAUAGUAUUUAUGUGCGUGCUUCUGUGUUAAGGGGCAGCACAUAAACGUGCUCACUUUGCAGCAUAAUAUAAUAUAGGUUUAUGUUCCUCUCAUUGCAAUUCAUCAACCACUGGAAGAACUUGGCUUUUUAAUGUCUUUUUUUAUGAUAUGGACUUUAUUUUCAUCAUGUCUAUUGUCCUCUCCUCCCACAUCUUCCACAGUUUGCUAACGCCUCAUAAAUCAGCUCCAGAUUUUGUGGCCUGGUGCUGCUCAUCAGUUAUGAAAAACAGUUUGCUAGUUUGUAAAAAGUUAAUUGCAAAGAAGUAUAAAAAUUGCAGCCAAUUUUACGGCAGAAUUUUUUUUUAAAGGGUUUCGUGUUUUAAAGCUGUAUGGUUUUUGUUGGCUGUGAUACACAAAACAUCAUUCAAUCAUCUGAGAAUUCAGAUUUUUUCUACUUACUGUUUUCCAUCUCUGAACCUAAAUAAAGGAAUUUGUAUAUUCUUGUUAAAACAGUGAAA